AUGCAAUAUGUUGCAUAUGAUGAGUCUGGUAAUCUUGAGGAUGUCGUGAACAAACCAUCUAACAAAAAGACAACACUUACAGAGUUUUUUGAAAUGAAUCGCAAAGACCCGAAGGCAAGAAAGUUACUGUACAAGGAGUUUCUGGAGCACUAUAGAUGGGUUGCAGGGAAAAAUGUAUGGCAGAAAAGAAAAACCAAGACUUGCCAGGUUGGACGGAUCGUGUAUGCGCACCCGGCGGAGGGAGAAAGAUACUAUCUUAGGGUGCUUCUGAACCAUGUUAGAGGUCCAACCUCGCAUGAGCAUCUAAGAACAGUAUGUGGAAUCACUUACUCCACUUGUAGAGAAGCAUGCGAGAAGAGUGGGCUUGUUGAGACAGACAUGUCACAUGAUGACUGCUUGAGCGAGGCUGCAACUUUCCAAAUGCCAUAUGCACUCCGUCGCUUGUUUGUGACUAUACUUGCCUAUUGUGAGGUUACUGAUAUAUGUGCUUUGUGGCACAAACAUAAGGAGUCAAUGUCUGAAGAUUAUGCCCGAGAUAAUCCCAACCCGAUGUCAGUAGAGCAGAUGGUGCUUAGAGACAUACGGGAUACACUUCAUUCCAUGGGAAAGGAUAUCUCAGACUAUGGUCUUCCUGAGUUGACUGAUACAUAUGUUUUUUCCAACGACACACCGAUUAAAGUCAGAGAGGAGCAGUCUGUGCCAAUUGACCCAGAGCAUCUAGAUAUAUACAAAUCUCUGAACGAUGAGCAACGUGCAGGGUUUGAUGACAUCAUACAACAUGUGAUUAAGAAGAAGAGUCAGGUUUUUUUCGUUGAUGGUCCAGGUGGCACUGGAAAAACAUUCCUUUACAAGGCACUACUUGCUAGGGUGCGAUCUGAUGGGUUAAUAGCCAUUGCAACCGCGACAUCUGGUAUCGCAGCGUCGAUAUUGCUCGGAGGACGUACUGCUCACUCGAGGUUUAAAAUUCCAAUCAAGCUUGCUCAUAAUAGCAUGUGUAACUUCACAAAGCAGAGUGGCACCGCAGACCUACUUCGCAGGGCAUCCUUGAUUAUUUGGGAUGAAGCUGCAAUGACAAAGCGUCAGGCAGUUGAGACCCUUGAUAGAUCCCUACAAGAUAUUAUGGACAAUACGUUGCCAUUUGGAGGAAAGGUCAUUGUAUUUGGUGGUGAUUUUAGACAAGUUCUUCCUGUGGUGACACGUGGGACAAGGGCACAGAUAACUGAUGCUACCUUGCAGAGAUCUUAUUUAUGGAAGAAUAUAAGGAAGAUAAGCCUUUCGCAUAACAUGAGGGCACAAUCUGAUCCUUGGUUUUCAGAUUAUCUACUUAGGAUUGGAAACGGGACUAAAAACACGAUCGUAGAUGAUUACGUCCGUCUGCCUGAUGAAAUUGUCAUUGGUUAUUUGGACAAUGAAGAUUCAGUGAACACAUUGAUUGAAUAUGUGUUCCCCUCGCUUGAUGAUGAGAGAAAUACGACCUCCGUGGAAUAUAUGAGCACACGGGCCAUCCUCUCAACAAAAAAUGAUUUCGUGGAUAAGCUAAACAUGAAGAUGAUUGAUAGGUUUCCUGGAAAGGAAAAGAUUUACCACAGCUUUGAUUCAAUCGAUGAUGAUACCCAAAAUAGCUACCCUUUGGACUUUCUGAACACGAUCACUCCAAAUGGCCUCCCUCCCCAUGAGCUUAAAGUGAAGGUCAACUGUCCUGUUAUUCUCCUCCGCAACCUUGAUCCUAACAAUGGUCUAUGCAACAGAACAAGACUAAUGGUUAGGACAUUUCAAGACAAUGUAAUUGACGCUGAGAUUGUUGGUGGACAGCGCGCCAACAAAAGGGUAUUCAUCCCACGGAUCCCAUUGUCUCCCUCUGAUGAUAUAUCUCUUCCUUUCAAAUUCAAGAGGAAGCAAUUUCCAAUCCGUCUCAGUUUUGCAAUGACCAUAAAUAAAUCACAAGGACAAACUAUCCCAAAUGUUGGGAUCUAUCUUCCAGAACCCAUAUUUUCACAUGGUCAGUUAUACAUCGCAUUCUCAAGGGGUGUGUCACGACAAACAACAAGGAUUUUGGCUAAGCCUAAGAAAGAGGUUGACCUUGCAGGGAAGAGCACCAGGAAUAUUGUCUAUAAAGACAUUCUUGACUGGUGA